AUGUCAUCGUCAAACGAGCCUUUCUACCUACGCUACUACUCUGGCCAUAUGGGCCGUUUCGGUCACGAGUUUCUAGGAUCGCGAUCAGAAUUCGACUUCCGGGUUGUCGGCGAUGGUCGCAGCGCGGUUGCCCGAUAUGCCAACAACUCCAAUUACCGAAACGAUAGCUUGAUCCGAAAAGAGAUGUGUGUCAGCUCCGUUGUAGUCGACGAAAUCAAGCGCAUCAUCAAGACAAGCGAAAUCACGAAAGAAGAUGAUUCAAAAUGGCCACAGAAAAACAAAGACGGACGCCAGGAAUUGGAAAUCCGAAUUGGAAACGAUCACAUCGCAUUCGAGACAGCAAAGAUUGGAUCCCUAGUGGAUGUCACAGAAUCCGCCGACCCUGAAGGCCUGCGAGUGUUUUACUAUCUCGUUCAAGAUCUAAAGGCGCUAGUUUUCAGCUUGAUUGCUCUGCACUUUAAGAUCAAGCCCAUCUGA